AGCAGCUGGAGAGUGGAGUGCAGCCACCAUCAGGAAAGACUCAGUCCUGACAGAAAGACGAUUCUAUUCCAUCUAAAAUGAAGCUGCUGCUGCUUCUGCUUGUGCUGGGCUUGGAGCUGACCCUAGUCUGUGUCCAUGCAGAAGAAAAAACUAGUCUCACUGGAAAGAACUUUAAUCCAGAAAAGAUUGUGGGAAAAUGGCAUUCCAUUCUUUUGGCCUCUGACAAAAGAGAAAUGAUAGAGGAAUAUGGAAGCAUGAGAAUGUUUAUGGAGUACAUUCGUCUCUUCAAGAACUCGUCCUUAGCUGUUAAAUUCCAUACCAUUGCCAAUGAAGAGUGCACAGAGCUGUAUUUAGUAUGUGACAAAACAGAAAAGGGUGGUGUAUAUGAUGCCAAAUAUGAUGGAUAUAAUAGAUUUACUAUACUUGAUACAGACUAUAAUGAUUAUAUUAUAACUCAUCUCAGAAAUAUCAAGAAUGGGGAAACAUUCCAGUUGAUGAAGCUCUGCGGCCGGAAACCAAAGUUGAGUUCAAACAUCAAGAAAAAGUUUGGGGAUCUAUGCCAGAAGCAUGGAAUUGUUAAGGAAAAUAUAAUAGACCUAACAGAGGCUGAUCACUGUCUCAAGACCCAAGUUGAAAUAGUGGCCUGAGCCUCCAGAUGGGUAAUCUCCAGUGAGAAUGAAGAGUAGUGUUGAGUGUGAACUCCUAACCUGGACUCCAGCAUCAUCCCUUCCUGUCCACACACUGUUCGGUGACAAGUCCUGUGAUCUGAUUCCCAUCGCUGUCCCCCAGGAAAGCUUAAACCCUGCAUCCCCAGAAUCUUCCCUGAUUAUCUAGGAUGACUCAUCCAGAAUCAAAGGAUUUCUUUUAAAUGUCUCUUUGUCAUACCCAUGGCAACUCUGCAUGAAUGUCUUCCUCUCCCUGUUCAAUAAAUGAUUAACCUUGCAGUUA